UAUAUAUAUAUAUAUACGUAUAUAUAUAUAUAUAUGUAUACAUGUAUACGUAUAUAUAUAUAUAUAUAUAUAUAUAUGCGUCAGCGAUCGAUAAAAUGCGUUCUCGUCUCUCGUAAUCGUCCAAGAGGAAAUCGUUCCGUCCAGCGUACGUUUGAUCGCGCGCGUGCACGAGAGUCGUUGUCCUCGGACUUUGACGAACCUGGGCACUUCUCGCAGCGAUCGAGAUCUUUAUUGUUAUUCAUUUACCUUCGUUUAUGUGUAUUUCGUUGCAGACCCUCUCGUUUUACGACGAGAGUUACGACUACGAUUAGAUUUCUAGAUGAAUUUAUCGUUUUCUUUUUUUUCCUUUUUUUUUCUUUUUUUUUUUUUAACAGCGGAGCAUGUUAAGGGGUGGGGCGGUGGGCGAGGAGAGGGGGAAAGGAGGGGGAGGGAGAAGGUGAGAGAGAAAACAGGCGGGAGAAAGAGGUGGAGGAAGAAACAUAAAACAAAAACAAAAAAAUAACGUAACAAACUAAUUUUGAAAUCGGAUCGACCGGAGAAGACUUCGACCAACGUGUCGGAGGGGGGGGGGGGGGGGGAGGACGGACAUGUUCAAAUUAAUAAUAAAUCAGUGUGUUGUACGACGUGUACGAGUUUUUGCUUGGUUGAUUCGACGAUGAAAGCGACAAAAAAAAAAAAAAGAAAGAGACGAAUCGUUUAUCGAAACGAUGCGGUUCGACGCGACCUGGAUAAUUGUCGGCAGGUCGGAGCGUGUGGCGAGACGUCGCUUGUCCUUGUUUUCCCUCCUCCAUUUUCCUAGAUAACGUGCGAUUUUGCCUGAAUGCGAGGAUACAAUACGAUGCGAUACGAUAUUACACGAUAUUGCAAAUGUGCAACGCGACGCUGCACGAUACGAAAUGCGGCACGAUGCGACGCGAUACGGUGUAACACAAGGGACGACGUCAGGCAAACAAGAUGGCAAGAGGCAAAUUGCGCGCGACAAUCGUGCAAUCGCGUGAGAGCAACAACAAUAGUGCGAACGAUCGUUUAUUUUCGCAACGGACAGAGAGAGAGAGAGAGAGAGAGAGAGAGAGAGAGAGAGAGAGAGAGAGAGAGAGAGAGAUCCGAAAAGAUAUAUCGAAAAUGAGUUCGCAGCAAAGUCCAGCCGCGUUGCAGUCGACGGUGGAUCGCGAGAAGGUUUACACGUGGAUAACCGAAUUGUCGAAUUCGGAGACGAGGGAGAACGCGUUGUUGGAGCUGAGCAAAAAGCGGGAAGUGGUGCCAGAUUUGGCGCCGAUGCUCUGGCACUCGUUCGGUACGAUCGCGUCGUUGCUCCAAGAGAUAAUCAACAUAUACCCUGCCAUCAAUCCAGCCACGUUAACCGCGUAUCAGAGCAACCGGGUGUGCAACGCGUUGGCGCUGUUGCAAUGCGUUGCCAGUCAUCCAGAAACCAGGUCGUCGUUCUUGCAGGCGCACGUGCCGCUCUUCUUGUAUCCGUUUCUGCACACGGUCAGCAAGACGCGUCCGUUUGAGUAUCUUCGAUUGACGAGUCUGGGAGUGAUUGGAGCACUGGUAAAAACCGACGAGCAAGAGGUAAUUACGUUUUUGCUCACCACGGAGAUCAUCCCGCUUUGCCUGCGCAUCAUGGAGAGCGGCUCCGAGUUGAGUAAAACUGUGGCCACGUUCAUCCUGCAGAAGAUUUUGUUGGACGACAGCGGCCUUUCGUACAUCUGUCAGACGUACGAUCGGUUCAGUCACGUCGCCAUGAUUUUAGGGAAAAUGGUCUUGUCUCUGGCCAAAGAUCCCUCUGCUAGGUUAUUGAAGCACGUGGUCAGAUGUUACCUCAGACUCUCGGACAAUCCGAGGGCACUGUUGGCUCUCAGACAGUGUUUACCCGACCAAUUGAGAGACAACACGUUUGCAACUUGUCUGCAAGAGGACGCGUCUACGAAACACUGGUUAAAUCAGCUGUUAAAGAAUUUGGAAACUGGCCCUCAACCGGGACCUCCGGCGCAACCGGGUCAGCAAGAUCCAAGAACUAUCGGCAUGUCGCCGCUUGCUUCUUAAGGCGCGCUCGCCUUCCUUUCGCCAAAAAGGAGAAACGCGCGGAUACGCGUACAACUCGUACAGAUGCGGCCAACGCGGUCGGAUGGAGGUGUGUUCAACGAGCGAUAGAAACGAAAAGGAUGCGAAAACGGAUGGUCGUCUUGUGGAUCGCAGAACGACGGUGAUGUCUAAAGUCAGACGAAGAAAUCAUCGAGUGCCGAUUGGUGCCGAAAGAAAGGAAUCGAUGGGAUUUGAAUCGAAGCGAAUGUACGCGUCAUGUUACGCGAGAUGUUGCGAAAAACUGUUCCUACGUUCUUCCGUAUAUUCUUUUUUCCUUUUCUAUCUUGUUCCUCGACUUGCUCCCUACGUAAGUAUUCCAAUUUCCCCCCAAAAUCUCGAUAAACGCGCUCUAAGUUUGUAAUUAUACUUUAUACAAAAAUUGUAAAUUAAAAAUACAGGAAAUAUAGACGCGCGUGCGUGUAUGUACGUGUUGCGUGUGUAUACAUGCGCGUACAUACACAUGCACACGUAUUUGUACAUA